AUUAGGAGUAAAAGUAGGAGUAAGCUACAUCCACACUGUCUUUCUUUCUCUCUCUCUCACUCUGUCCAUUCGUUACUCUUACUGUCAUCAACAUCAACACACAGCAACUCAUUCAUUACUCAUAUUAUUAGAGGUCCACUUUACUCACCAAGCUGUAACUCUACUGCAUCAUCAUCAUCGCACAUAAAUUCCUAAUUUUUCUUAGAUCUGGAAAACAUCAAGAUCAAGAUCAAGAUCGAAGCAUGAAUUAAAACUAGGGUUUUGUUCGCAAUUUCAAUCGGAAAUUCCAAUGAAGAUGAGAUUGAGAAAACCCGUUUUAUGUCUGCUUUUUGUGACGGUUGUAUCUCCUAUUCUUCUUUACACCGACAAACUCGGCUCCUUUUUUCCUCCUUCCACUAAAGAUGAACUUACUCAAAUUGAAGAUAUUCCCACAUUUGCUUUUACUCAUACUACUGGGAAACUUAAUUUGCUUCCUCAGGAAAGUGGAAUGGUUGUGAAGGAACCUGUUGGAAUAGUUUACCCUCAUAAACCUGCCCAAACUUUGCACAAAAACCGAGUUUUAUCUACAACCACAACUACAACAACAACUUCUGCUGAAGUAGAAAACCCUAUCAGACAAGUUACUACUGAUGGCAAUGGGAUCGAACGAGUUCGUGUCUCGCAGAUGGCUGUAAAUGGGGCCAAUGCUGAUCAUACUACACGCCUUGAUUUGAACAAUAUUGAGAUAAAACCGAAGCAGCAUUCUGGUGAAAGAGGUGGUGAUGUUGGCACAAAAGAAACUGUCGGUCGAGGACCUAGAAAUGAGAAGAAUAAUAACCAAGCUGGAAGCAUGUCUAAUACUCAAGUUCGGCUUCUGAAAGAUCAGCUCAUCAGGGCAAAAGUCUAUCUUUCCCUCACAGCAACAAGAAACAAUGCUCACUUCAUAAGGGAACUUCGACAGAGGAUAAAGGAAGUCCAAAGAGCACUUGGUGAUGCAACAAAAGAUUCGGAACUUCCAAGGAAUGUCCAUGAGAAAAUGAGAGCAAUGGAUCAGGCAUUGGCCAAGGGAAAGCAAAUUCAAGAUGAUUGUGCAGCUAUGGUGAAGAAGCUCCGUGCUAUACUUCACUCAACAGAAGAGCAGCUCCGUGUUCAUAGAAAGCAGACCAUGUUCUUAACUCAAUUGACUGCAAAAACACUCCCCAAGGGUCUUCACUGUCUUCCUUUGCGUCUUUCAACUGAAUUCUAUGCCCUGAAUCAUUCUCAGCAGCAGUUUCCCUACCAAGAGAAGUUGGAUGACCCCCAGCUAUAUCACUAUGCAAUAUUUUCAGACAAUGUAUUGGCGGCUGCAGUGGUUGUGAAUUCCACUGUUUCUCAUGCCAAGGACCCAUCAAGACAUGUAUUCCACAUUGUUACUGAUAGACUCAACUACGCAGCAAUGAAGAUGUGGUUCUUAGUUAAUUCACCGAGUAAAGCUGCCAUAAACGUUCAGAAUGUUGAAGAAUUCACAUGGCUCAAUUCAAGUUACAGUCCUGUACUUAAGCAAUUGGGUUCUCCAUCUAUGAUAGACUACUACUUCAAGACUCACCGUGCUACCUCAGAUCCAAAUUUGAAAUUCCGCAACCCAAAGUAUUUGUCUAUCCUCAACCAUCUUCGAUUUUAUCUGCCAGAGAUAUUUCCGAAGCUGAAGAAAGUUCUGUUCUUGGAUGAUGAUAUAGUGGUCCAGAAGGACCUUAGCAGGCUUUGGUCUGUUGAUCUGAAGGGCAAUGUGAAUGGUGCUGUUGAGACCUGUGGGGAGACCUUCCAUCGCUUUGACCGAUAUCUUAAUUUCUCGAACCCACAUAUCUCUAAAAAUUUUGACCCCCAUGCUUGUGGAUGGGCAUAUGGAAUGAACAUCUUUGAUUUGGAAGAGUGGAAGAGACAAAACAUCACUGAUGUGUACCACACAUGGCAAAAGCUGAAUCAUGAUAGACAAUUGUGGAAGCUGGGAACCUUGCCUCCGGGUCUCAUUACAUUUUGGAAAACUACCUACCCUCUAGACCGAUUAUGGCAUGUGCUUGGUCUAGGGUAUAACCCCAGUGUCAACUCGAGGGACAUCGAGAGAGCUGCUGUAAUACAUUACAAUGGCAACAUGAAGCCAUGGCUUGAGAUCGGAAUACCUAAGUACCGAGGUUACUGGUCAAAAUAUAUAGACUAUGACCAGGUAUACUUGCGGGAGUGCAACAUCAAUCCUUGAAUGGUUCUUGCCUCCUUUAGUCUCGCGAGUACGUAUCAUAAAAUAUAGCCUACUCGACUGCUGCUAGUCAUUAGGACUAUUUUGAAAAUUCAUGUUCUCUCAGAAAGUCACAAUACAUGUGCCAGUGUAGUAGUAGCACGGAAUAUAUCUCAAACGCUCAAUAUGUGGUAAAUACAUUCUUUUGUAUCUUUUUGUGACAAGACUGUCGAUGUAUUUGUAAAUGAUUGAAAGUUUAUUUUUUUUCUUUA